UAUAUAAAUUUAUGUAUAUGAAGGGAUGAUUAAAGAAAAAUGAAAAAAAGACUGUGCCAAUGAAGAGUACGUUUGUCACACAUGACACAACAACAACAACAACAACAACAACAACAACAACAACAACAACAACAACAUCUAGUGGUGGUGGAUAAGGUGGUUGUGGUGUUGUACUGAUGGUGGUGGCAGUCACUAGUAGUGGGAGAAAAUUUAAAAGUGGGGUGCAACAGCAACAGCAGCAUCACCAGCGGCACCGAGUGAUUCCUCGUGUACUCGCCUCUGUGAUUAUCGUGUCUUUAAAGUCUCUCAGUAAUAUAUGUUUUAUGAAUCUUGGACAUUAGUAUUAAAUAAUAUUUAAUGAUAUAUUUAUAAAUAAAAAUUAAUUAAUUAGUUAAUUAAUAAUAAAAUUGUCCGAUAACUUAUAAAAAAAAAAAUUCAAAAAUUAAUUUAUUAAAAUGACGUUUCGAAAUAACGAAAAAAUGAAUAAAAAGUGACUUUUUAAAUAUAUCAUUAUUUUUAGAAUAAUAUUUUUUGAAUUUAUAACCGUGGGGUUUUUUAAAAAUAUGAUUAGAAGUAAUUGUAAAAUGUGAUUUAUUGAAAUGUGUUUUUAUGAUUGUGUAUUAAACCGGUGAUAUCGAUUAUUUACAAUAAUACUAAUAAAAAUAAUAGUAAUAGUAAUAGUUAUUAUUAUUAUUACUAUAUUUUAUAUUUUGGCGCAAAGCGCCUGAAAUGACGAACACGCGACAUUAUUCAUUAUUAUUAAAACAACAUUAUUAUCAGCAUCAGUAUCAAUAUCAUAGGCAUCGUUGUAAGACUGUACUAAUUUUAAUUGGAGUACUUUUACUAGAUAUACAAAAUGUUGCAGGCGGUAUAUGUUGGUCAUCAAUAAGCAAUAGUAAGUGUAAAGAAUUAUUAUCUCAAGGUGUAACACGUGAAGAGUGUUGUGCUUCAAAUGCUGCCGCUGCGACUGCAUACUCCGACGAGGAUCUCGACAGCGGAAGUUUAUUUUUUUGGCGAGUACUUGGUGGUGGUGUUCACUGUCGUCCUUGUCGUGAAAGUUGCGCACAAGUACAAUGUGAUGAGGGUAAAAAAUGUGUGGUGCGACGUGGUAGACCACGAUGUGUGUGUAGUCCAGAGUGUAAAACACCACGCGGUGGCUCUAAUGGUCCCGUAUGUGGUACCGACGGUAGAAGUUACAGAAGUCUAUGUCGUCUUAAAAAACAUGCUUGUAAAAAAGCUAGUCACGAGCUUACUGUCGCUUACAACGGCUACUGUCAAAGUUCAUGUACGCGGGUGCACUGCGGUCAGGGACGAAGUUGCCUAUUGGAUCAAAAUCUGAGUCCACAUUGCGUUAAAUGCGCCCGGAAAUGUCCUCAGUCAUCUUCGGCAGUGGGUGCGAUUCUGCAACAGCAGCACAAGCAGUCAUUGCAACCAUUGGCCAGCAGACCUGUUUGCGGUGCCGACGGUAAUACUUACAAGAGUGCAUGUCAUCUGCGUCUAGCUGCCUGUCGUGCCGGUCGUGCGAUUCCAGUAGCAUACAAAGGACAUUGUAAACAAAACGCAGACUGCACGACAAUAAGAUGCCGAGAGGGUCAAACAUGUUUGACAGAAAUAAAAACAAAUCGACCAAGAUGCGUGACUUGCAUGUACCGAUGCCCUGGUGCCCAGAGGAAACACGAAAAAAGUUACGAUAAAAAACGUCAACGAUUUCGUGGUGAAGAACACCACGAUCCCGGGUCUGGGUAUCCAUCAGUAUUAUGCGCGACCAAUAACUUGACUUAUCCAAGCUGGUGUCAUAUCAUUAAGGACGCAUGUGUCACCGGAUUUGUGCUGGAGACCAAACAUGCCGGACCUUGCAAUAUUCACGAUACUUCAAUUUACGACGAAGAAACCAUAACAUCAACCAGCUACGGAGUCGAUCUAAUGGACGAAGUAUCGCUUAGAGAAAAUUUAACGCGCAGAACAUUAAAUUAAUAAAUUAAAUAAAUAAUUAGUAGGCCGACAUAUCAGGAUUACUUAAGAAAAAAAUAAUAAUAUUAAUAAAUCUGUCGAUGAUUAUUAUAUUACUUGAAAAAAAUUGUUAUAACAAUAACAAUAAUAAUAUUAAAAAUAAUAGUAACGAGAAUAUCAUUAAACACAAAAUAUAAAAUAACAUACAAAGAAUUGCGUUUCACAAUAUAUAUGUUAUUUAUUUAGACUUUCGGUCAACUCUUGGCGGAAUCGGCAAUUUUAAAAAAUUAUUAACAUAAAUAACCGCUAAGAUCAAUAGUAUUAUUUUAUUUUUCAUUUUCCAGCCGUGCGCCAGUAGUUAUACCAUUGUCGUACUUAAUUUAUUUUUUUAGAUUCAAAUGUUUAUAAUUAAAUAAUUAUUAUUAAUUGAAUAAAUAAUAAAAUAAAUAAAUAUUAUUAUUAUUCUGAGCAUUAUUAGUAUAAUUUUUUAGUCGCGUUUGUACAGAAAAUAAAAAAAAAAUAAUUGACUCAUUAAUUAAUAAAUAAAUUAAUUAUUUUUAAAUAAUUAGUCAUUGCAUGGCUUAGUAAUUAGACCAAAUAUAGAUUUAAUUAUCAGCUACGGUCUAUGAAAAAUAUUUUUUUUAAAUUCUUUUAAGGUCCACGUGUUUAUUUAUUAUUUAUUUUUUUCCUUAUUUGUAAAAAGUACCACGGGGUGGAUUUGAACCCAAGACUUUUACAUUUGACUGUCUCUUUUUAAAUCAUUUAUUAUAAAGACUAUUUAAUAAUACUGAUAGAAGGAAUUAUUUGUAUUAAAUGAGAUUUAUAAAUAUUUAAUAAAUUAUUAUUUAUGGUAAUUAUUUCUUAAUUUUUAGUAAUAGUUAAUAAAUAUUUAUUUAGGUUGGUAAAAAGUCUAAUGAAUUCAGACAUCAAUGAUGUGUUUUGAUGAGUUGUUAAUUAAAAUUAAUAAUAAUUAUCACAAAGUUUAUGCACCAUGUGAGUAGAUAUUCGUCAUUAGGAAAAAGUAAAACAGAUGUAAUAAAUAAUUACUAUUGGUUAUUAUAAAUAGUAAGUUUAAUGUAUAUUAUUAUUAAAACAUUUAAAAUUAUUAUUUUAAAAUGAAUAUCACGUGAUAGAUGCCAUAAGGGCGUAUACAAAAUUUUUUUUUAAUCGUGUCAGCCAUAUUCUAAACUGGAAAAAGGAAAAAAAUGUCGGAGCUUAAAAAGCGUAAUGUUCAUUUAAUCGGAUUUUAAUACAAAAUAAAUUUUUUAUUUUAAUGCUCAACCAAAUGAAUUCUAUUUUUGAUUGAAAUUGGAAAAAAAAAUUUUUACUGAUUUUUUUUUAAUUUGGGAAAGAAAAAUUGUUUGUCAAAUUUUUCAUUACUGAAUUUCGUUCACCCAUUUUGUCGCCCCUUUCUACAAUUUAACUUUUCACCUUUCAUAUUUAUUCUGAUAUAACGUUAUUUUCAUGAUUUGUAAUAAAGAACAUAAUUUUUUUUUUAUGCGCCCUUUUGACUUUAAUAAAAAUUUUCUUAAAGUCAAAAGGGCGUAUAUCAGUAGUACGCCCUUUCGGCAUUUGUCACGCGAUAUCUUUAGUAAUAAUAAUAAAAUCCUUCUAUCGGUAUAAGUACAAAAUUUUAAUACAUAUAUUUAAAUAUAUAUGUAUAUAUUUAUUAUUAACAAGUGGACUUUUAAAAAUUAUUAUUUUUAAACAAAGGUGCUCCGCAAUUAAAAAAUGUAGCUAAUUUGAUGUUAUGUUAUUUAUUAACCAUUAAAAAAAAUUUAUUAUUUAUAUUUUGUUUUACUUCUGAAAAAAAAUUUAAAAAAAAAACAAAAAACAGUUUAUUGAUUAGUUUAAAGUAUGAGAUUAAUUAUUUAUUUACUUGCUAAUACGAUGACUAAA